UUCUCUUUAUGUUUUGGACUCUGGGAUGCUCCGCAACAAUUUCACAUUGUGCCAUGGGAGCUAAUUGAAAUGAUUGAUCGUAUAAUUCGAGGCCUUCGAGAAGGAGCCUAUUUUGCUCUAUUAAAAUAAGAAGAAGCGAUACAGCCAAUAUACAGAUCGUCCUCAGUGAGAGAAAACGACAUCGAGUUCAGCUGCAUUUGAAAAAGAACGCCAUGCCAGACAAAGCAGCAGAGAGCCAGAAGUCGACCUCUGCGCGAGUUUCUUCGUUUUUCAUUGAGAAUUUGCUGGGAUCAAACCGAAAAGAAAACAAAAAGGAGAAGAAUCGGGAGCAUGCAGACGACUGCAGCAGAGAAAAGCGUUUUCACAACGCAGUGGCCGUCAGCCAUUGCAGUCAGAUUUGCUAUCAGGUCUCGAACGCAGCGUUCAGUUCAAAGAACCAUCGUCACGGGGAAAAUCCACUGGUAUGGUACAGAGAGUCACAAAACUUUACAAAAUACGAAGAGACUGAGAGUCCAAAAGAGGAGAAUCAUAAUUUUGAAGAUCCGUGUUAUUCACUAACAGCAAGCGACCGGGACUCCCCAUUCAUAUCUGAACCCGCAGAUGGGCAAGAAGCAGAGAGCAAACAAGAUGACAGCGUGGACGAUGAAAAGGAGGGUGGUAUACUGCAAAGUUAUGACGCUGAUCAGGAAACCCCAGAGCAAAAAUCUGCUCGUAAGAAAAAAACUCGAACUGUCUUCAGCAGGAGUCAAGUUUUCCAGCUGGAAUCGACGUUUGACAUGAAGCGAUACCUGAGCAGCUCCGAAAGAGCGGAACUGGCGUCGUCGUUGCAUCUCACUGAGACCCAGAUCAAAAUUUGGUUCCAGAACAGGAGAAACAAGUGGAAAAGACAACUUGCAACAGACAUAGAAGUUGCGAAUCUUUCCCAUUCCGGUCAAAGGAUUGUCAGAGUUCCCAUUUUAUAUCAUGAAAACUCUAGCCCCGCUACAAUGGGUUUCAAUGUGACUCAAGUGUCGCCUCCUUUGGUUGGCUUUUCCAGUUCUGUGAAUUAUCCUCUUUCAGCAUUCCCCCACUCUAUGGCUUUUCUACGGUCACAAAUUACAGGUCUUGUAUAAAAAAAGAAAACAAGCUUAAAACUUAAAAAACUCCACCUUAUAAUUUGGUUAUUUUUUAGUUUUGAAGCAGAAACGUGCUAUACAACUUGCGCAUAUGAAUGCAAGUAAAUGGUGCUGUGCACACAAAGGAAAACACAACAGGAUGCUAAAAUGGUGUUAGGUGUUAGGGAUGAAUUUAAGCAAUAUAUUAAAACAAUGUAUAUCAUUAUUAAUAUAAAACAUUACUUAAUUUCUAUAUAUUUGUAUUAUUAUUUUUGUAACUUAAUGCAAUACUUAUAUCGGGCACGUUAUAUGGUUGUUGUAUUUUAAUCAGCACGGGGUGAGGGUGUAUAAAAUUGAUUUUAUUUAAAAAAAGUUAUAUAUUAUUUUCAGUAAAUCUCUACUAUUAAA